AUGCGUCUCUCCGUGCUUGUGGGGCUCUUCAUCGGCUGCGCCCUGCUUCUCACACCUGUAACGGAGGGCUGUGGUCCGGGGAGGGGAUACGGAAAGAGACGUCCGCCAAAGAAGCUCACACCCCUCUCUUAUAAGCAGUUCAGCCCAAACGUUGCGGAGAAAACACUGGGCGCCAGUGGCAGACACGAAGGGAAAAUAACGAGAAAUUCAGAACGCUUCAAAGAGCUUAUACCCAACUAUAACCCUGAUAUCAUAUUUAAAGAUGAGGAGAAUACGGCUGCCGAUCGACUUAUGACCCAGGUGAGAAGCAGGCAUAGGGGUUUUAAAACGUCAUCUGAUUGCUUUUAUCUCACUUCGACAGCUGCGGCGAGGUGACCAGGUGGUCUCAUUGGACCUGCUGUUCAUCGUUCGUUUGAGAGCUUCUGUUUGCACUUUGUUAACAGUUUAAACCAUUAAACUUUAAACGUUAUUGAUUCUCAGCGCUUUCAUCUCAGUUUUGGUUCAAUGGAUUUAUUUUUGACAGUUGAAAAUUACAUGUCAAUUAUGCAAUAGGCACAUAGGCUUUAACUAGCCUACCCGCUAUACAUUUAGGUUAUAUUGAAACACUGUAACCUACUUUUAAAUGUUUUGAUGUGCUAACUUGUCUCCGGUUUGAGAGAUAAAUUAGGCUGGGCAUGCACGUAGACAUCACCCAAAAUAAAAGGGCGCGAGUUAAUGAGUUGAUAAAUGUUUAGCAGGUUGAAUUCUAUUGUUCAUAAAAUAUACAAAUCUUUUUUUUUAAAUAAUAUAAAUAACCCUCGAUACACAGGAAUAAUGUCCCAACAUUUUAAUGCCACAUUUCCAGGUAUUUUCUAUCUGUUUUGAGUGGAGAGUGAAAAUUACGCACGUGUCAUUACGCAUGGAUCAUGUUUGAAUAGCUUGCGAUUUAUUUGCUGAAAUCCCUCUGAUCUCUUCUAAAAGCAAGAUCACAAAGAAAUACAAAUGUCUGUACAUAUAUCUAUUUUAUUUUGCUGCAAAAAUAACAAAGCAAACAAUGUUUCCCUGACCGUUUUGAACGUGGUCAAUAUUUUGCCAAAGACAAAACAUGUCCAUACAUGCCUAUGGCAUCGGUUGUAGGCUAGGCUACUUCACUUUGACCACCAGUGACCAAUCUCUUAUUUUAUAUUUGUUUUGUGUCUCCUCUCUCUCUCUCUCUCUCUCCCAGCGUUGUAAAGACAAGCUGAACUCCCUGGCCAUCUCUGUGAUGAACAUGUGGCCUGGGGUGAAGCUGAGAGUGACAGAGGGUUGGGACGAGGACGGACACCACUCAGAGGACUCCCUCCAUUAUGAGGGACGGGCGGUGGACAUCACCACCUCAGACCGGGACAGGAACAAGUACUCCAUGCUGGCUCGCCUGGCCGUGGAGGCAGGCUUCGACUGGGUCUACUAUGAAUCCAAAGCACACGUGCACUGCAGUGUCAAGUCAGGUAAGGGGAUGGGACACAGAUACAGACAGAAAAAAAAAAAAAAAAACGUAUUAUCAACAUGUAUAAGAGCACCGCCUGUUGUACUGGCAACAUGCAGUACUGCUAGCCUCAACUGCAGUCUCAGAGAACACUGGUAAGCUUAGAGAUAGUUUCAGGAAGGUCUGUCAGGGAGAGACUACAGUGCUGCUGGCUGGUGGUCAGGUUAACCCCUGUUGAUUUGUUAAAGCAUCCCAUUUGUCCCUUGGCUCUGAGUGUGGUCAGUUGUUAUUAGGCCAACUCAGGUGAGGUGUUAGACGAGGGGUCAGGUGGGGUGAGGUGUUUAGACGAGGGGUCAGGUGGGGUGAGGUGUUGACGAGGGUUCCAGUGGGGUGAGGUGCGAGACGAGGGGUCAGGUGGGUAGGUGUUAGACGAACCCGAGGGGUCAGGUGGGGUGGGGUGUUAGACGAGGGGUCAGGUGGGGUGAGGUGUUAAGACGAGGGGUGGUGGGGUGGUUGUAGACGAGGGAGAAGGGGGUAAGGUGGGUGAGGUGAGGUGUUAGACGAGGGGUCAGGUGGGGUGAGGUGAGACGAGGGUCAGGUGGGGUGAGGUGCUAGACCGGGGGUCAGGUGGGGGUGAGGUGUUAGAGAGGGGUCAGGUGGGGUGAGGUGUAGACGAGGGGUCUAGGUGGGGUGAGGUGUAGAGAGGGUAGGUGGGUGUGAGACCGAGGGGUCAGGUGGGGUGGGGGUGAGGGUGGUGUAGACGAGGGGUCAGGUGGGGUGAGGUGCUAGACGAGGGGUCAGGUGGGGUGAGGUGUUAGACGAGGGGUCAGGUGGGGUGAGGUGUUAGACGAGGGGUCAGGUGGGGUGAGGUGUUAGACGAGGGGUCAGGUGGGGUGAGGUGUUAGACAAGGGGUCAGGUGGGUGAGGGCUAGAGGGGGGUCAGGUGGGGUGAGGGUGUUAGACGAGGGGUCAGGUGGGGUGAGGUGUUAGACAAGGGGUCAGGUGGGGUGAGGUGGAGAGAGGGGUCAGGUGGGGUGAGGUGUUAGAAGAGGGGGUCAGGUGGGGUGAGGUGGUAGACGAGGGGGUCAGGUGGGGUGAGGUGUUAGACGAGGGGUCAGGUGGGGUGAGGUGAGGGGUUAGACGAGGGGUCAGGUGGGGUGAGGUGCGAGACGAGGGGUCAGGUGGGGUGAGGUGUUAGACGAGGGGUCAGGUGGGGUGAGGUGUUAGACGAGGGGUCAGGUGGGGUGAGGGGUGCUUAGAUGAGGGGUCAGGUGGGGUGAGGUGUUAGACGAGGGGUCAGGUGGGGUGAGGUGUUAGACCUGAGGUGAGACAGCUCAUUACCGUCAGUCUGUCAAGACAAGAGUCUGCAGGGAGUCAAUUAGAGGAAGAACCUUCUGGGUUCUGGACUUGGGUAGCGCCUCACUGUAGUCUACAUUAUCUGGUGAUGGACUACACCCAAACAGGAUUUUCUCUGAGGUAGUGUGUGUUCUCUAAUGAUUUCCUGUCUAAAUGGCUGGAAGUGUAACACAGGGUCAGCAAGAGCCAAGCCCUGUUAAUAGUUGUCUGCAUGUACACAUGACUGCGUGGUGGUGGGACAGUUCAGAGUAGAGUUGACGCUUGAAGGAGAGAGGCCCCACUCUAAGAGCUGGUUAACUGAUUCACUUUCUCCUUUUGUUUCCCUGUAGGGUGGUUUUCUCUAGUCUCCCUUCUCAGAUCUGAUCUUAUCACCUGGCCUUGGUGCUUACCCUUCCCAAAUAUUGGUUUUUGGACCCACUGGGAGACUUGAGACUGCCAUUCCAGUGUCUCAGGCUGCGUUUAGACAGGCAGCCCAAUUCUGACCAGGGCCAGAAUGUAGGGAAUAGGUUGACAUCUUUACCUUCAUCUUUACCUUCAUUUUCACAUUAAUCUUUACCUCCAUCUUUACCUUCAUCUUUACAUUACAUUACAUUUUAGUCAUUUAGCAGACGCUCUUAUCCAGAGCAACUUACAGUUAGUGAGUGCAUACAUAUAUAUAUAUAUAUAUAUUUUUAUACUGGAAUCGAACCCACAACCCUGGUGUUGCAAACGCCAUGCUCUACCAACUGAGCUACAUCCCUGCCGGCCAUUCCCUCCCCUACCCUGGACGACGCUGGGCCAAUUGUGCGCCGCCCCAUGGGUCUAAAUUCAUUUUCAUCUUUACCUUCUAAAUUACCUUCAUCUUUACCUUAAUCUUCAUCUUUACCUUCAUCUUUACCUUCAUCUUAAUCUUCAUUUUCACAUUAAUAUUUACCUUCAUUUUCAUCUUUACAUUAAUAAUUACCUUAAUAUUUACCUUCAUCUUUAUCUUCAUCUUUACCUUCAUCUUUACCUUCAUCUUUACUUUCAUCUUUACCUUCAUCUUUAACUUCAUCUUUACAUUAAUAUUUACCUUCAUCUUCAUCUUUACAUUAAUAAUUACCUUAAUAUUUAACUUCAUCUUCAUCUUUACAUUAAUAAUUACCUUAAUAUUUACCUUCAUCUUUACAUUAAUAUUUACCUUCAUCUUUACAUUAAUAUUUACCUUCAUCUUUACUUUCAUCUUUAUCUUCAUCUUUACCUUCAUUUUCAUCUUUACCUUAAUUUUUACAUGAAUCUUUACCUUCAUCAUUACUUUCAUUUUUACCUUCAUCUUAACCUUCAUCUUUACCUUCAUCUUUAUCUUCAUCUUUACCCUAUUAUACAUUAUACUUCUCACACUGGGACUUCUGACCUCAACUCAUUUCAGUGGAAGUGGAGAUUGGAUCAUUGGGUUACUCAUUAGCUCGUAAUGCAUUUCUUCUGAAUCUUGAGCAAAGUUGAGUUGAAAAGGAGAGAUUGGUAGUUAGUGUGAAGAAUGGCAUUUGAAGUGUUUACCUGUGAACACACAGACUGCCAGUGUUUCAAUGGAAGGUUGUUUGUAAGGAUUAUGUGUUUAAAUAAAGUGUGUGUGUGUGUGUGUGUGUGUGUGUGUGGGUGGGUGUACACAUGCAUGUGUGCAGCUAUGCGUGCCUGCCUGCGUGUAUUGAUGUAUCAUAACAAGACAUCUGCAUUUUAACAGGCAGCCCAAUUCUGAUCUAUUUCCACUAAUUGUACGUUUGACAAAUCACAUCAGAUCUUUUCACAUCAGAUCGUUUUUAGAGCUGAUCUGAUUGUUCAAAAGACUAAUUAGUGAUCAGAAUUGGGCUGCCUGUUGAGUUACUGUGUCUGAAGCCUACAGGUCUUAACAAAGCCCUUCAAUAAGAAGAGCCUAUCUCUCCAGACUCUCUCGCUCCGUCGGCGAAAAAAACAAAGGAAAGCCGAGAAAGAAGACGUGAAACCCCACAAGAGCCUCGCACCUCGCUUCUCUCCCCCUUUCCCCUCUCUCUCUCUCCACCCUCCACCCGCAGCUCCUUGCGGCCCGCGCUCUGCUAUGGUCUCUCUCGGCCAACCCUCCCCCCUCUACUCCGUUCCCACUCUCUCUCUUUUCUCUCGUCUCCAACCCUCCCCCAUCACCUCCUUUCCCCUCUCUCAGAGCACCAGUAUCAGCUAACGGACCGGGGGUUGUUUUCCCGGGUCGUUUUCCUGGUGACUCUGGAGGACGGGAAGGCAGCAGGGCAGUGCAGGACCUCCAGCCAGGCGACCGGGUCCUGGCCUCCUCAGGGGUUUGACGGCAGCGGGAACGGAGGACACCUCGUGUACAGUGAGUUCUUCACAUUCCUGGACCACGAGCCUGCAGCGAGGAAACAGUUCUACGUGUUGGGAACAGAGACGGGAGCAAACCUGACCCUCACCGCGGCUCAUCUUGUGUUCGUGACCGAGGGUAACUGUUCGGUGGGCGAUUCGGCCAAGGGUGCUGUCAUGCGGACUAUGUACGCCAGCGACGUACGGCCAGGACAGUGUGUGCUGACUGCAGGGGGAAACCAGGGACCACAGGGAAACCUCUCCCCAGUCAUCUGGGUCCACAUCCAGGUGGACACCGGGGCCUUCGCACCCCUGACACGCCACGGCUCACUGGUGGUGGAUGGCGUCCUAGCUUCGUGUUACGCUGCUAUGGACCAGCACCACCUAGCCCACUGGGCCUUUGGUCCCCUUCGCCUGCUGUACAGCUGGUCCAGCUGGACCGGGACUGGUGCCUCUCUGGGAGAUGGACUACACUGGUACUCACAAGUCCUGCAUUGGAUAGGAACGUUCCUACUGGACCCUGGACACUUCCACCCCUGGGGGAUGGUCACGCAUGACUCAGAGAGAUAA